CCUGUGCAAGUGUGCAAGCCUGUGUUUUUCAAAAUCAGCUGUUUUUUCGGUUUUUCGCAAGUUUUUCGUACUGUGCUUCGUACACUGUCCCAGAGACUGCCCUAAAUAUUUUAUGUUAAUCAAUGUUUAUGUUAUUUAAUCAGUUUAAGCAAUUUAAGCUAUGAUUUUAAUGUAAUUGUGGCGACCGCGGAGAACAGUUAGUAGGUAUAUAAAUCUAUUAAUUUGUUGAAUAGUACUAGUACCAGAGACUAGUACCUACCAUAAGGUAUUUCUUUAAAUAAAAGAAUAAUUGCUAAUAAAAAUGGAUGGAGAAAAAGUCUCGAUUCCAAGAUACCGCGGUUCAAAAUUGAAUAAAGUGAAGAAACUUGAUAUAUUUCUCAAAGUUGAGGAUCCUUAUAAAUUAACAUCAUCUGUAGGGGGAACAUUUUCAAUUAUUAGCUUUAUGAUUAUUGGAUUUUUAAUUUAUUCUGAGAUUAGUUUUUACUUCAAUAGUAAAUUUAUUUUUAAAUAUUCUCCUGAUGUGGAUUUAGAGGAAAAGCUUAAACUUAAUGUUGACUUAACAGUUGCUAUGCCAUGUCAAAACAUUGGAGCUGAUAUUUUGGAUUCAACUGACCAGAAUGCCAUGAAAUUUGGCGAAUUAAUAGAGGAAGAUACAUGGUUUGAAUUAUCCCACGAGCAGAGGAUACAUUUUGAAAACAAAAGGCAUUUUAAUUCCUACCUUCGUGAAGAAUAUCAUGCAAUUAAGGAUUUAAUGUGGAAAAGCAGUUUUUCAACAUAUUUUGGUGAUUUGCCCACAAGAAACGAUUUUCCAAAUAGGCCAUAUGAUGCCUGUAGGAUACAUGGCAACUUAGUUCUAAACAAAGUAGCAGGAAAUUUUCACAUUAUUGCUGGGAAAAGUUUGAAUUUAGUUAAAGGACAUAUCCACAUCAGUGCUUUUAUUUCUGAUAGGGAUUACAAUUUCACUCAUAGGAUAAAUCGGUUCAGUUUUGGAGAUCCUAGUCCUGGCAUUGUUCAUCCUUUAGAGGGAGACGAAUUAAUUUUAAAUAAUGGAAUGACUGUAGUUAAUUAUUUCGUUGAAGUUGUUCCAACCACAGUAAAGACUUUUUUGAAUAGUAUUAGUACAUACCAGUACAGUGUUAAGGAACUAACUAGACCGAUAAACCAUGACAAGGGCAGUCAUGGAAUGCCAGGCAUUUUUUUUAAAUAUGAUAUGUCUGCCUUACGGGUAACUGUUAGCCAAGAGAGAGAUAAUUUAGGAAUGUUUCUGGUUAGACUAUGCUCAAUAAUAGGCGGUGUUUAUGUUUGUUCAGGUAUCUUAAAUAGUUUUACCCAAAUGAUCAUUAAUUUUGUGACUUGUAAUUGGGGUCGAAAAGGAUCUGACAGUGUAUCUCAAGAUUUAAGCAAUCAGUAUCAAAAGAUUGUGUCUACUGAGCCUAUGUAAUAUACAUUUUUUAUUUAAGUUUUAAA